UUAGUGGCAAUUUCUGCGGAGAAAAAAGACAAACGUAUAAAAAUCUAAAGUUUACGCAGAUUUGUACGGUCAAGUGAUUAGUGGAUCGCAUUCCACUCUCUCAAAAUGGCUGAUGACAUGGCGUUGAAUCAAGGAGCGGACAAGCGUAUGGACACUUCACUGGACGACGGUCCGCCCGGCGUCGAUGGCAACGAUGCGAGUGAAAAAAACGAGGAGGCCGCCGUGCACGCAUCACGCAAGGGCAGCAAAAGCAAAUCAACUUCUCGUCGUCGAUCAACAUCGCGACGUCGCUCAAAUUCACGUCACGGUGUUUCAUCGCCACCGAUGCGCCGACGUCGUUCACAUUCACGCUCACCGACACCGCCGCCUCCCCCUCGUCGGGGUCGCUACGAUUCACCGGAUUAUGGUCGAUAUCCACCCCGACGCAGAUUUGAUCGACGACGUUCUCCAGAUCGUGAUCGUCGACGUUCACCACCUCGUCGUGGUCGACGCGAUCGCUAUGGUAGAUCACGUUCUCGUUCCCGCAGCAAUUCACCUCCAAGACGGGGUGGCGGUCGUGGCAUUAGUCCGUCACGCUGGUCGCCCAAGAAAAAGCCAGCCUCACCGCCGCUGCCAGCACCAUCAGCACAACAGCUAACUCAUCCAGUCCAGACCGCGGGCUACGGCGUUAUGCCGGCAGCAAUGUACGCCCAAGGACCUUAUGGUGCUCCAGAUGUGUACGGUCAUCAGUACGGCAUGGCGCCGCCAAAUGCUUUUCCCCCGCAGGGUCCGCCGCCAGGCUAUGGCAUGCCAGGACCGCCUCCAACACAGGCGACCGGAUUCAAUGCAGGCUACGGCGCUUGGGGUGUAAAUGAAUAUGGACAGCAAGUGUGGCUACCGCAGACGCUAGCUAAUGUACCUCCAGCUGCUCCAGAUGUACUUGCAACGCAGCAGGCUGUACUAUCAGUGCCAGGACAGUUGCAGCAGCAGCAGCAACAACAACAACAGCUGCCACAACAGGCGACAAUUAUGGAGGAGCAACCACCGCCGGCGCUUGAAGGCGCAGGUUUGCCACCACAGGAUGCCGUGGCCCAGGAAGCUGAGAAUCAAAAGGAAGAGAUCAAAAAGCAACGUACCAACUAUCAGAAAAAGGUAUCGCUGUUGAAGAAGGAAAUCAAGGCACUUAAGGAUCAACACGACGACUUAAAAGCUGGCGAUGCGCCACCAUCGCCAACCACUAAAAAUUUCAUUGAGCAAAAUGAUCGACUUCAGUUGCAACUGAAAAAGAAGCUGGACACAAUGGAGAAUGUUAUCGAUAUGCUGAAUGGCAUUAUUGGCGACGAGGAGGCCGACGAGGAGCAGGAGACAACGCCAAAGACGACGCCGGGACAGGCCAGCAGUAAAACCUCUCAAGCGGCUGCUAAGGUCACGUCGACAACAAGUGAUAGCUCUGGUGAUAGCUCCGAUUCAAGCUCUUCGUCGAGCAGCUCCUCGGAUUCAUCUACAGACGAUGAUGGCGAUGAGGAGAACGGUGAUAACAGUCCAACAAACCGUCUCAAAAAUCGGGCCAUCAAAUCAAUGAAAGCCAAACAGCGCCAGAAUGAAGUUGCAUCCAAAACGGUUGCACCUCCAGCUCAAAAUUACAAUUAUGUAUUCUUCGAUUCGGAGAAAUAUUGGUGUGAGAGCUGCGGUGUGUUCCCAAAGACGGCACGCGACUAUCUGAAGCAUCUGCAUGCCGAGGAGCAUAUGAAUCGGGAGAUCAUGGAGACACCCUGGCACGUGGGCAUCGAUCAUGAUCCCUUUCCCACCAUUGACAAGGCGCCCGUCAUGCGUGUUCCAGUUCGUGGUCUACAAUUCUUGGUGCCCGCCAGCGCCUGGUACUGUAAAUUAUGCAGCGUUUGGAUCGGGGAUUUGCACUGCGCCUCACUGCAUCUAAGAUCUCGAACACAUGCCAAUAAAUAUGAUCUGUUUAUGAAGAAGCAGCCAAACUAUGAGACCGAAUGGUUGGGGAAACGUGAGCGGGCCCAGCAACAGCAUAAGGAGAGCGAGGAGGCGAAGCUCAAGAAGGCCAAGAAGGAUGAGGAUAAAACAUCAAAGAAGCGCAAGAAGAAGAGUGGCGAAAAGAAGAAAAAGAAGCGCAAGCAUAGCAAGAAACAUAAAAAGAAUGCGAACAGUACGUCCUCAUCAACGGACAGCUCCACAUCGGACGAGGCAGAUGAGGUGCAGCAACCAAAGAAAGUGCCUGCCACACCGGAGGUUGCACCCGCAUUAAAUGCAUCCUCCAUACGCGUUGCCAUGCGUAAGCAGGAGGCGCCUCUAAUUGUCAAACCGGAGGCUACAAUGCAAGUGGCACCGCCACCACCUCCCAUCAUUAAGGAUGCGCUGAAUACGAGCGAACGUGGCAAGUGGACAAGUGCGGCAGUAAAUGAGCUGAAGGAGGAUGACCAAAAGAGACGCGACGAUGCCAUGAUUCAGCAAUGGAACACUGUGCAGCCGGUGAUUAGCGAGAGUGAGAAGAAGCUUCUGGAGCAGCUCAAGGGCAAGCUCAAGAGCAAGGUGCGUCCCGUGGAUGACAAGAAGAAUGCUUUAGCAGCUGCCGAUGAGAGAUCGAAACGACACACCUCCAAGCGACGCAGUCCCUCGCCGCGCAGUGGCAGCCGCGGGCGCUCAGAUCGUGAUAGGCGAGAUCGGGAACGCGAUCGCGAACGUGAUCGGGAUCGUGGCCGCGAACGGGAGCGGGAACGUGACCGUGAUCGACGCCGUUCACGCUCACGUUCCCGCAGCCGUGGACGUAGGCGCAUCUCGCGCUCGCCACUGCGCGGAGGACGACGCAGUCGCUCUCGAGAUGCUCGCUGGCGGCGUAGCCGAAGCCGCUCGGAAGAGCGCGUUGAACGCCCGGUGAUCAAGCAUUCCGAGUUUCGGCCACGCACGCUGCCCGAGCGUAAACAGAACGACUCCAAGCGUGACAAAAAGGAUACGGCGAGCAAGCCAAAGCCAACCAAGAUCAGCUCAACUGCUGCCACAACUGCAGCUGCCGGAGGCAAGAAGUUGCCCUUCAUAGGCAAGAUGCCUGUACUUAAGAAGCAGCCACUCCCGACGACGACUACGACGGCAACUGGCUACAACGAUGCCGGCGUCUACACCAAUGGAGGCACUGCGGAUGGCAUGACCGUAGCACCGCCACCUCCUCCACCACCUCCGCAAAUGAGCAUGGCACCUGCUGUGCGUCAGAAUGCGCCGACAGCGGCACAAAUCCAAAUGGCAAUGAUGGAGGAUGCCUUUGGCAAUGCACCGCCUUUUCAUCCAGAUGCCGGCAUGAUGAUGGACUAUGAUGAGUUGAUGCCGGAUCCAGUGCAGUUUGCUAAUCUAAUGACCCAUUGUCCGCCUCCACCGCCACCUGGCGAAAGUACAAACGCUGAUGGUAAGGAAUCCCUGGAUAAUGACCAGGCAAGCGAUGACAAUGGCGAGGAGGAUGUCUUACCGCCGGGCAUUGAUGAAGUCGAAACCGAAGAUAUGGCGCCACAGCCAUUGGUUACAGGUGCACCAACACAGGACGGCGAGCUGCCCAAAGAUUUGGCCGAGGCACUCAAUAUUAUAUUCCCAGCGGAUCGAACAUCCGAAGAGGGUAACGAUGAGAACCACAUGCCUGUCGUUCAACAAACUAUAACAACCAUCGUGGAAGAUGAGCCUGUGCUGGACGAGCACAAUUUGCAGGAUCUGGCCAAGCAAGGCAUACACUUGGUGUCCAUCGAGGAGACCACAUCGAGUUCAUUGCCAGGCUCUGCUGUUGAGGAUGCUCCAAAAUCCGUAGACUCACCCAAGCAGUUGAGUGCAGAUGAGACAUCUCAGGGUGCAUAUUCACAGCUGGCCAAUGGCAACAACACUGACAACUCCAUGCCACCCCAGACAAUCAGCCCCAAACAGAUGGCAGCCCAGGAGAUACCCAUGCCCUGUUCCUCCCAAGCAGAGCCCAUUGCGGAUAUCAAGGCCAAACACAAUGAACAAUUGGACGUGGCCAAUAUACCACAACCGCCAGCUUCGCCAACGGACAGCGAGAAGAUGCGACGACAGGCAGAGCUUGAUGAACUGGCCAUGCUGGGCAUUGACAGCAAUGACAUGGCGGCACAAUAUGCGUUAUAAGCUUUGAUUUGACAUCUUUGGCCCAGAAGCGGCUACAGGCAACAGGUGGCGCCACUGUCUCCAUUCUAACGACGGGCAGCAGAUAAAGGCAUGUCCAAUUUUUAAUUCACUUUAUAAGAUUUACUUUAUGCCUAUGUAUGAUUGUGUUUAUGUGACAAACUGUUCUUAAUAAAUGCACAUAUAUGUAUGUAAUAUAUGUAUGAAGAAAAA